AAAAACCAGUAAAAAGAGCGAAACUAUAAGGACGAACGAAGGAAAGAAAGAGACAGAGAAAGAGAGAGGAAGGGAAAGAAAGUGUGGGAAAAAGAAGAAGAAUGAGCAUAGAAAGUACAGAAGAUAAAGAGCAAAUCUGGUGAAAGCAAUCACUCCUUGUAAGUCCAUGGAAAUGCAAGAUCCGCAAGACAAACACAGCCUUAAUCCCAUUUCCAAUUCAAAUUCCAAUUCCAACUCCCAUUUCGAUCCAAAUUCUCAAAAUGUCGCUCUUAAGAAUCCACUCCCCGAUGCUCCUUCAUCGACGUCAAUGUUCAGUGCUCGGCCUGCGUCCCACCACCGGAGGGCCCACUCCGAGAUGAGCUUCCGCUUGCCGGAUGACAUGACUAUGAUGAUGAUGGAUCUGUCUCCUUCCGACCCGAUCAAUGGCGGUGGUGCAGGUGGUGGGGGAAGAACUGGUGGUGGUGGUGGAGUUGGUGGAGGAUCUUCUGCUGGUAGUUUUGAGGAGAUCGGAUCGGAAGACGAUCUAUUUUCUACCUACAUUGAUGUUGAUAAACUUACCGGAGGAGGAAACGUCGACGGACGCAAUUCUAUGGAUCAUAAUAAUAAUAACCACGGCGAAGGAGACAAAGGAGCUUCCCUUACUACGACGAGGCCGACGCACAGGCAUAGCAACUCUGUUGACGGCAGUGCGUUCGGAGAGGUAAUGGACGCUAAGAAAGCUAUGCCUCCUGAUAAGUUGGCUGAGCUCUGGAAUCUUGAUCCUAAAAGAGCCAAAAGGAUAAUUGCUAAUCGGCAGUCUGCCGCUCGCUCUAAGGAGAGAAAGGCACGAUAUAUACUAGAACUUGAGCGCAAAGUUCAGACCCUUCAAACAGAAGCCACCACUCUUUCUGCUCAACUCACCUUAUUCCAGAGAGACACGACUGGGCUGAGUACAGAAAACACAGAGCUUAAGCUUCGGUUACAAGCUAUGGAGCAACAGGCUCAGUUGCGAGACGCUCUGAAUGAGGCUCUGAAGAAAGAAGUUGAAAGGCUCAAGAUUGCCACUGGGGAAACAAUAAGCCCCUCUGAGUCAUUCAACUUGGGAAUGAACCAAAUGCCAUAUUCCCCAUCAAUCUUUUUUCCAUUUCCACAACAACCAGGACCUGCCAGUCAUCCAAACAUGCAGUUUCCACCAUUUGCACAUUCGCAGCCCAAUAUGCCAGCUCAGCAUCUUCACCAAACACAUUCCCAUUCGUUCUCGGAACUUAUGAAAAAUGAUCCACUUGGUCGAUUACAGGGGCUUGAUAUCAGUAGUAAAGGACUAAAUAUUGUAAAGUCAGAAGGCCCCUCGCUUUCUGCAAGUGAAAGUAGCUCGACAUUUUGACGUAAACUGGCUACUGACUAGCUGACUUGUCCAUGGCAUGUGUGUUAAUAGACUGACAUCCAGUCACUUAGAGAAGGUAUUCUAUUUAGUUCCAUUAUUCAUUCGAUUCAUGUUGUGAGGAUUAAUUAUUAAUUGCUUAUUCUUAGGGUUCUCUCAGAAAAAGGGAAGCACCCAGGUUUUGAUGCCAACUUGUAUGAGUUACUGUCUUAACGUUGAAUUUUGUUUAUCAAUAGUGAAUUCAGGAGAGGACCUAUGGGAGUGAAAGGUCAUUCCCAUUUGGUGUCAAGAUGUUUUAGGACAAUGGUGUCCGAUUCAUUUGUAUCUCAUUGCUUUUGAUGCUGUGUGAACAUGAUGGAUGUCUCACUCUCAUUGCAUUUCAUGGAUUGUUUGAAAUGGGAUUUUCUUUUGUA